GCGGGCAGGGGACGGAGGUGUCACCGUGCCCCCCCGUUCCCAGCGGCCCCGGGGCUCAGCAUGGCGGGCCGGGGCCGCGGCCGGGGCCGGGGCCAGAUGACCUUCAACGUGGAGGCCGUGGGCAUCGGGAAGGGCGACGCUCUGCCCCCGCCCACGCUGCAGCCCUCGCCCCUCUUCCCGGCCCUGGAGCGCCGCGCCGUGCCCCUGCCCGGGGGCGAGGAGGGCGAGUACAUGCUGGCGCUGAAGCAGGAGCUGCGCAGGGCAAUGAGGGGGCUCCCCUACUUCGUCAAACCGGGGGCACCCCGCAGAGACAUUGAGCGCUACUCAGACAAGUACCAGCUCUCCAGCCCUUCGGACAAUGCCAUCGACUGGAACCCAGACUGGAGGCGGCUCCCGCGGGAGCUGAAGAUCCGGGUGCGGCGGCUGAGGAAAGGCAGGACCACUCCCCUCGUCCCCAAGCAGCGUGUGACACUCGACAAGGAGGAGACUAUCAAGAAGCUAGAGAACCUGGAGAAGAAGGAGGAGGAGGUGACAUCAGAGGAGGAAGAGGAGAAGGAGGAGGAAGAAGAAGGAAAAGAGGAGGAGGAGGAAGAGUACGAUGAGGAGGAGCACGAAGAGGAGACCGACUAUGUCCUGUCCUACUUUGACAACGGAGAGAGCUUCGGCCCUGACAGCGAUGAUAAUGGUGAUGAGGCAGUGUACUGACCCCGAGAGAGUGAAAAAAUCCCAAAAAAUCAACAAAAAAGCAAAAAAACCAACCCACCCAUGGGGGGAACCCCCAGAGUGGGGACCCUCCUGCGGCAGUGGGGACACACUGAAAGGGGGGACUCCCAGGGACCCCUCGCCCCGCCCACAGGACGUUGGGGACCCCUCACCCCCAGUGCCCUGGCAGCAGAGCCCUUCUCAUCCCUCGGGGCCAUUGGGGUCCCCUGUGAACCCUCCUGGGUGCCCUGCCCGGUCAUUGCUCCGUGCCGCCACCAGGUGGCGCAGGCGCUGCAGGCCAGCAGGGUGGGGCCGGACCCUCCAGUUUUGGGGGGUUCCAAUUUUGGGGGGACCCCCGGCCGCGUCCCCAAGCGGGGAGAAGGGACAGACAGGGGGACUGUGUUUUGGGGUGGGUUUUGGUGUGACAGGGAGUCCCCAAACGUUCCCUGGCCCCCCUCUGACUACCCCCACCACCCCGCUUUGGCGGCAGCUUUUUAACUUUUGCGCUUUCUAAAACAAAUUUUGCGUGGAUUGAAGUGGAUUUUGGUA